UGAACCAAUCGCAGAUAGGCAAGAAUACGAUAAGGACAAGCAGGCAGAAGGAAAGGGUGUCUGGUAAUUUAGGACGCUGUCGAAAAAUAAUUCCCCCAACUGAGUAAAGUGAUCUCCACAGGCAAACGGACCGCCCACCCCUAAAAAACAUCCGCUCUUAUCAGGCGCGGCCCGUCUUUGUGUUAGUGUGUGUGCCUGUGUGCGUGUGAGUGGUGGUGCGCCGGCAGCGCAGUCGGCUUCCUGCGUCGAGGACUUUGACUUGCUCAUUCGUGCGCGAGUCUUUCCAGUCUUUCCCGAGUCUUUCCCGCAACAACAACGGACUCUCCUCUUCGUCAAUACUUUCCGCCGCAGUUGCAAAUAAAAAAAAACAAGAAACCGGAAACGUUAGGCGGUAAAGGAAACGAAAAUUACAACGAACACGCCCUGGAAUAUAUGUUUUAACGGAUGCCCCCCGCUCAGAAAAGUCUCACAGGGUAUCCAGGAAUAUCCCAGAGCAAAAGGACAAUCACAGGACCUUAAAUGACCCCCUGGCCACGAAUGAGGACAUAGAUCGAGAUCGUUGCCUCUCACUCACUCACUCCGCUUUGCUCCUCUGCUAAGUGACGCAAACACGACGGCUUCCCAAUGAAGAUGGCAUCUCAACGCUUCUGCCUGCGGUGGAACAACCAUCAGAGCAACCUGCUGUCAGUCUUUGACCAGCUGCUCCACGCAGAAACCUUCACAGAUGUGACGCUGGCCGUCGAAGGGCAAUACCUGAAGGCACACAAGAUGGUGCUAUCCGCCUGCAGUCCGUACUUCAAUGCCCUAUUCAUAAAUCAUCCGGAAAAGCAUCCGAUCGUUAUUCUUAAGGAUGUGCCGUAUUCGGACAUGAAAUCCCUGCUGGACUUUAUGUACAGAGGCGAGGUCUCUGUGGACCAGGAGCGACUUACCGCAUUCCUGCGCGUGGCCGAGAGCCUGCGCAUCAAGGGCCUCACCGAGGUCAACGACGACAAACCCUCGCCGGCCACAACUGGAGCUGCAGCGGGAACAGUUGCAGCAGGCUCCGAGAGUACGCCCACACCCCCGCAGCUGCAGCGCAUUCAGCCUUAUUUGGUGCCACAGCGGAAUCGUACACAGGCCAGCGGUCUGCUGUCCAGUGCCGCACUCGCCAAUGCUGGAAAUACGCCCACCCUGCCGGUGCAGCCAUCGCUGCUUAGCUCAGCCCUGAUGCCCAAGCGAAAAAGAGGGAGGCCCCGCAAACUAUCGGGCAGCUCAAACGGCACGGGGAAUGACUACGACGAUUUCGAGCGCGAGAACCUGAUGAAUGACUCCGAUCUGGGCAAUGGCAAACUGGGCAACGAUUCCUACUCCGGCAAUGAUGAUGGCUCCGAUGAUAAUCAGCAAGAUGCAGGCAAUCCAGAUGAUCUUAAUGAAAGCCGCGACUCUCUGCCCACGAAACGAUCAAAGAACGCCAAGGAUCACCGCGUUGUGAGCCACCACCACCAAGAGGACAACAGCACAACUUCCGUGACUACCAAUCAGGCGACUCCUGAACUUUCCCAGCGACUAUUUGGCUCCACUUCGACCACAAUCUCUGCAGCUUCCAGGGCACCCACCGCAGGCAACACAUCUGUUCAGGAACCACUACCUCUUCUAGAGAUUAGCGACAACAGGGACUCAGCACCAGUACACUUGCCCACCAUCUUGGGGCUUAAGAUAAGAGCCAUUAAUCCAUCAACGCCGACGACUCCGACUCCGCCCACACAGACGCCGCCCCAAACCCCCUCAAAAUCCAAACCGAAAACCAAGCAUGGCAGUGGCAGCAACACCAAUUCCUUGCUAAAGCAGCAACUUCGAGGUGGGGCCAAGGAUCCCGAGCUACCACUGGCUCCCAGACGCAUCACAGUGGCCGUUUCGCCCAACUCCACUUUGAGCAUCGAGGAGACUGCCACCAAGGAGUUGGCAAGGGCAACCCAGGAGGAGGUCAAUGCCUGCAGUGGCUUGCAAUCGCUGGCCAAUGCCGCGGAGCAGCAGGCGGCUCAGGUGCACCACCAGUUGCUUCUACACAUGGCGGUGAAUAAUCCCAUGCUAAAGACCACCGAUUACUACCAGCAGCAGCAGCAACCACAGCAGGCCUCCCCCUCCAGUGCUGGCCAGUAUAUGGACGACGACAUGGAGUUCCUCGUACACGAUCAGCCUUUGAAAGAUGACGAACCCGACCAUGAAAUGCUCACCCUGGCCGAUGAAAAUGCUGGACUGCCUGGCUAUCAGGAUGAGCGCUCCAAGCCCGACGAAGACUCACCCGAACCGGCACCUGUUGCUGCUCCAAGGAGCGGCAAAAAGGGAAACAAGCGGCCCAUUCAAAGGCGACGGGUGCGUCGCAAGGCCCAGUCCACGCUGGAUGAUCAGGCUGAGCAUCUGACGGAGAUGUCAGUGCGGGGGCUGGAUCUCUUCCGCUAUGCCAGUGUGGUGGAAGGUGUAUAUCGGUGCACCGAGUGCGCCAAGGAGAACAUGCAGAAGACGUUCAAGAACAAGUACAGCUUCCAGCGGCAUGCCUUCCUCUAUCACGAGGGCAAGCAUCGCAAGGUGUUCCCCUGCCCGGUGUGCUCCAAGGAGUUUUCGCGGCCGGACAAGAUGAAGAACCACCUGAAGAUGACGCACGAGAACUUUACGCCGCCCAAGGAUAUUGGAGCAUUCAGCCCGCUGAAAUACUUGAUAAAUGCAGCGGCUGCCGGGGAUAUGCACGCCUCAAUCUAUCAGCAGCAGCAGCAGGAGCAGGCUCAUUACCAGAGGCAGUUGGUCGAACAGGCACAGCAGCACAACGCCCCAUUUGACAGCCAGGAGGAUAGCUCGCAGCUGCUGCUGAUGCCGGAUGUGAAGCUCGAAGACCAGGAUGCCGACGAUGCCGAGCUCAGCGAUGGCGGCGGCUACGAGGCCUCAUCGAAUCCCGCGGCAGCUGCCGCCGCCAUGCUGAGCCUGCAGCAAGAUGUUAUCAUCAAGAAUGAGCUACAGAUCUCGCCGUCGCCCUCGCCCACGCCCACCGCAGCCCCGCAGCCGCCCAGCUCCUGUGCGGUGGCGGAGGGCAAGUCCUUGGCGCUGGCCACCACCGCACAAACCGCAACGUAAAGACUUUUGGCAACGCGCACAACGCAACGUUUACCUUAAACAAAAGAAUGCGAAGAACUGUAGAAUACGUCAUAGAUAUAUUUAGGUUUAGAUCAUAAGCGAUCGCGGCAGACUCAAAUUGGUUAGUUAAAUUUACUAGACCUUAAUUUAAAUGGUAAACGCAUAAGCAAUAUUACUGUAACUACCAACUAGUACGUGCUCCGUCCAGCCUUUCACAAGCAAAACUAAUUAACAAAUAAGUGAAUAUUUAAUUUUUAGCUAGGAUAUAAUUUUUCAAUAACGCACAGACUGGGGAUGACAGAAAAUAUUGAUUCUGUAAUAUUUUAGCCGAAAUGAAUACUUUAAAGUUGCAAUCUAUUGAUAUUAUGUACGAUAUGUGGAACCAAUUUUAUGGGGAACAGAUAAAAAUACCCUUGCAGGGAACUAUAAUUUAAGUCAGAAGCCAUUAAGAGACCCUGUAAUAUCAUAUAUAUUCUUGAUCAGCAUCAACAGAGGUGUCUUUCUAGCCAUGUCCGAAAGGUUUGAUAAGGGGUUACAUCUUUAAAAUUCUCACAAAUUGAUUAAAAUAAGAUUUCAUUAACAUUUAGUCAGCAGAUAGUUAAGCUAGAAAAAACUAGCACAGAAAAUUCCGAUUUAAAAUUGAUGCUUUUUUGAUUCGCUUCCAUGGUCCUUUGGCACACUGCAAGGGUAUACAAAUUUCGGCUUCCCAAAGUUAGGUUCUGAUAAUAUUGAUAUUUUAACUAUAAAGGCGAUAUUUCUUUUUGAUAGACCGUAUCGCAGGAUAUGGUUAUAUAUAUAUACAUAUACAGCCCACACAGUUCAGUGAACUUAAGUGACUUUCGGCUUUAAUUAUAAACAAAUUUUUGACUGGCCCUCAGCAUGCGAGGGCGCUCUCUCUACAACCUUUAUAGUUUCCCUUUUAUUUGUGAUUUUUGUUGAACCUAUUUAAGACUUCUAGCAUCUUUUUGUUUUUGAUUGUAUAUAUUAUACACUAUAUACACAUAUUGUUUAGUGUUUGUUUAAUACUCAGUAUGUAGUGUAAUUAUUUUGUUCAAUUUCCUUGGCAACAAGCUGAAAUUCAAAUGUAUUUGGCUAAUUGUGCAAUCAUCAAAACGAGUUGGGGCGGAGCCGGGAUCUGCAAAGGCUGCCUACCCCCAACACAAAGUGUUGUAACUUAAUUACUUAAUUUACUUAACUAGGUUUUAGUUACUCUAUUUACCCUUAAGCCAAGCGAUCCAAGCAACAAAAUGCGCAAGGACUUCCAGUGAAGAAGAAAUUAACUGAUAGUUAUACGGAAUCCCAAAUCCUGGUAUUAUGUAUUAUGAUAUUUGACUUUAACAACCGAUUACUUAGUGCAACAACUACGACUUACCGCUCAC